AUGGAUGACGUUGAUGCAAGUUCCGUUCUCUCGACGCUCGAAGAUGCUAAGGUCUUAUUGGAAAAAUUACGUACGCUCACGAUUAGCAUUAGCGAAGCAGCAUCGAGUUCAACGCUUAAAAGUGAAAAGGACUACACUACAAGCGUAGUACCGCAGCUUGAUGAAGCUACACAAAUUUAUCAAUCUCUUGCUACAUUUUUGCGAGAACACAAGCGCGGAAAAGCUGAAGUGAGUGGAUUCCGUGAUGUCCAGCGAACAUUUGUCAAAGUGAUGCAGGACUUGCAAUCCUCUCAACGUCAAGCCGCUGCUCGUCGCGAGGCUCUAUGUGAUGCUGAUUUUCUAGCUGGAAAUGGAUCUGUUGCAAUAUCAGCACAGGAGAUUCAAACUGCGAAGGAAGAGGUGAUUGAAGCCGGUGAAAUUGCACAAGAAGCUGCAGCUGUAAAUGCACUAUUUCACCAAGUGGGGACGCUGAUUAAUGAACAAGGCCAUGGUGUGGACAUGAUUGUGACUAAAGUAGAAGCAGUACGAGUUGAAAUUGGUAAAGGUGUCGACGAAUUGAAGCAUGCACGUCAAUUACAGCGUGAAGCUCGACAAAAGUAUCUUUGGUGCCUUUGCCUGUUCGCAGUAGUUCUCGCUGUAAUUAUUGUUUCACUGGUCUUUGCGCUGAAGUGA